AAGCGGAGGAGGAGGAGGAGGAGGGAAGAAAAAAAAAAGUUUCCACCUUUGCACUGCAUAAAUUUCCAAUUUUUAUUUUGGCUCCCCAAUCCAUUCCAUUUACCCAAUCCGCGAUCCAUCCAUCGUCCCCAACCUCUCUCUCUCUCUCUCUCUCCUCUUAUUAUCGCAUCCCGCACUCGUCUCGCGCAGCUUUGGUGGUGCUGCUCGCGCUCCCCUGCUUUGCUUUGACCCCUCCCUGGGCUUGGUUUCUUGGAUUUGUAGGAUCCAAGAAGCUGUCUUUGAGAGGUUUCUUGGAUUGAGGGGGUGGAGUUUGGGUGAUCCCGUUGAUUCGCCGGAGGCAGGGGAAGAUGACCGUGGAGGAGAGGCAGGGGAGGGUGAACGGGCAUGGCAGCGGCGGCGGCGGCGGCAGGGACCAGUUCCCGGUCGGCAUGCGGGUGCUCGCCGUCGACGACGACCCCACCUGCCUCAAGAUCCUCGAGAACCUCCUGCUUCGCUGCCAGUAUCAUGUGACAACAACUGGUCAGGCAGCCACGGCCCUGAAGCUGCUCAGGGAGAACAAGGACCAGUUUGACCUGGUGAUCAGCGACGUCCACAUGCCGGACAUGGAUGGCUUCAAACUCCUUGAGCUUGUCGGCCUCGAGAUGGACCUCCCUGUCAUUAUGUUGUCUGCAAACGGGGAGACACAAACAGUCAUGAAGGGUAUAACACAUGGUGCAUGUGACUAUCUUCUGAAGCCAGUGCGUCUUGAGCAGCUAAGGACAAUAUGGCAACAUGUGAUCAGGCGAAGGAAUUGUGAUGCCAAGAACCGUGGUAACGAUGAUGAUGCUGGUCAGAAGGCACAGGGACUGAACAAUGAAGGGGAUAGUAAUGGUGCUAACCGCAACAAGAGGCAGUCACGGAAAGGUAGAGACGAGAACGGAGAUGAUGGUGAUGAUUCUGAUGAGAACAGUAAUGAGAAUGCCGACUCCUCAACCCAGAAGAAGCCAAGGGUUGUGUGGUCUGUGGAGCUGCACCGAAAGUUUGUGGCUGCUGUUAACCAGCUUGGCAUUGAGAAGGCGGUUCCAAAGAAAAUAUUGGAUCUCAUGAAUGUAGAGAACAUCACCAGGGAGAAUGUUGCUAGUCAUUUGCAGAAGUAUCGACUGUACCUUAAAAGGUUGAGCACUGAUGCAAGCAGGCAGGCUAACCUUGCAGCCGCAUUUGGAGGAAGGAACCCUGCUUACAUCAACAUGAACUCUUUUGGAAACUACAAUGCAUAUGGUAGAUACCGUCCAUCUGCUGGCCAUACCCCGGCAAACAACAUUCUUACAAGGAUGAACUCCCCUUCUGCAUUUGGUGUUCAUGGUUUACUGCCUUCCCAGCCAAUUCAGUUAGGCCAUGCCCAGAAUAAUUUGAGCACUUCCCUGAAUGAUUUAGGAGGGCUUAAUAAUGGUAACAUGAUCAGGGGUGCACAGAUGUCAACAAUCUUAACUGGUCCCUCGGGCAACUCCUUCCCAAACAUGUCGAAUGGGGCACCACUCUCAACGGCAAAUAGAUCACUACAGCCACUUGAAUCGAGCAAUCAGCAACACCUUAGCCGGGUUCAUUCAUCUUCCGCAGAUCCAUUUGGUGCACUUGGUGAGUCUCCCCAGUUUCCUGAUCUUGGAAGAACCACCGCAACCUGGCAAACUGCGGUUCCAUCCAACAUUCAGGACCGCGGUCACAAUGAUAGCAUGUCCCAAACCACCCUGCAUAUGAAUGGCCCCAAGGUUGAGCCUGUGUCAAGCUUUACAGCAUCAUCCAACCAGAUUCCACUGCUGGGAAAUGAAAUGCAGAGCCAAGUAGCAUCACUAGCUACCAAUGUUCCAAUAGCAUUCACUCAGGAGGCAUCACCUUUCACCUAUGGAAGCAGCACAAACUCAAGAGAUAUGCUGAAUAAUAGCCAUGUAUUCAGUAACUCUAGCAUCAUCAACGCAUCGUUGCCCAACCUUCGGAUAGACAAUCCGGCGGUGCCGAGGCAGACACUGGAUGGUGGGAAUAUGGGCAUUGUUCCUCCCAUGCAAGAUGGCAGGAUUCAUCAUCAAGCUGUUGCCAAUCAGCUGAAUUAUAGUGAUGAUCUCAUGCGGACAACUGGGCUGCAAAGGGGCCUCAGUGGUGGUCUAGAUGACAUUGUUGUUGACAUGUUUAGGCUGGAGCGCGACGACGACGGCGUCCCUUUCAUCGAUGGGGACUGGGAGCUGGUGUAGACAGCAGCAUCACCCAUUUCAAAUCAUCAGGCUGCUUACAAGGUUUUUCUGCAUUAUUUGGGGUGUCGGCUGCUGAUUGGUUGGUCCAUGCUCACAUGUCAGCACAAAGUGGUGUUCAUAGUGGCAGUUACAUUUGGCUUUGUUUUUUUUUUCAAUUUCAGCUUAGUGAUUAGUUGGGCUGUUGUCGGAUCAGUUUUAUGUCGAGAAACGGUUAUGUUGGUGUGUGUGAUCAGGACCCAUAUAACUAUGUUAGUCCAGGUAUAACCGGUUAUCCUUAUAAUAUAGUAUGCUUGGUAAACUUCUCGUUAAUCAUUGAAGAUUAAAAAUUUCUU